AGUCUACGCACUGGUGGCAAGCGGUGUACAGUACCUGUGUGUGCCCCUGUGUCGUUCUGCGUUCUACUGCGGCCAGACGGAGACGGAGCACCUCGAUCUCGGAAAAGCGCGUAUCCUUCGGAGCGAGAUCGGGCCGUCUAGACGGAGCCCGAGAGAUCGAGCGAUCUGCGAGUGUGUCACACCGUCUCUCACGCACCUGUAGCAGCAGCAGCAGCGACAGUGGUAGCAGUAGCAGCGACAAAUCUCUGUUUGCUCUCAGCUCAGAGAUCUCGGCUCUCCGCAGCGGGUCCGCUAAUAGCCCUAUAUAUCCUCGGUGCGGCAUCGAACCGGACUCAAUUAAACGUCCGAUCCGCACACUACCCGGUCGAGCUGAAGCUGCUUGAAGCUGAGUGAGGCCGCUUGAAAGCAGCGCACUUGCGUGGUUCAGAACAAGAAACAUAAAAGAUAGAUCGCGAGUUUUUUGUUUGUUACAACCCCUGUCGCUUACGGAUGUUUAGCGCGCGCAAACACCGUACUGGAUAGGUUAGUAGUAGCAAUAAAAAAAAAGAUCGUGUAACCAGUGACCAGGAGUGAAGUACCACGAAAAGUGUGCCUGUAUAUUGUUGCGGUUCUGCAAAAUAGCCGUACCCGGAAGGAAUCGAGUAAAAUAUGCAACAACAGUAAAAGAUUCGAGAAAGUGUGAGCAAACGCGGACAACCCCAGUGUAUGUGUGUGUGUGUCCCGUUGCCUCUAUAGUUCUUCCGCAAAGUGAGUGUAUAUCCUUCGCAUGUAAGUGUGCAAGUGUGUGUAUGUGUGUGUGUGUGAUUUUGCACCAAAACUAAAGCGCACUUCAAAGUGAAGACGAAAACGAAACUACUCUAAAACACUAUACCAGUACACACAUAGCACCAGGAUAUAUACACACGUGUUGAAAACCGCUUCAAAACAAAAUGACGCCCAAACCAGAGGAAAGCAUUCCGGUCGUGCACGUCGGCGACGAGCGGGAGCUGAACGAGCCGAGCCUAAACAACAGUGCCAGCCUGAGCAAUCUAAGCGCUAACCUGAAGCUGAACGCCUUCAUCAACAAUGGCUUCGUGAGCGACUGUGCCCAGGCGGCGGAGAAGCAGCCCGGCAAGGAUAAUCACGAGGACGAGCUGCGCAAGGAGACAAAGAACAGCAACCAGCAUGGUGUCGUGAUGGUGGCCACCAAUGGCGCCAGCACGGGGGCAGCAGUAGCCGAAAAACCGGUCGUAGACUUUGACGAUCUGCUGCCGCACGUGGGCGAGUUUGGCCGAUAUCAGAAGAUACUGUUCCUGCUGAUGAUACCGUUCGCGUUCUUUGUGGCGUUCGUGUACUUUUCGCAAAUUUUCAUCACCCUCGUGCCGGAGGAGCACUGGUGCUACGUGCCGGAACUGCAGCACCUGUCCGUGGAAGAAAGACGAGCAUUAGCCAUUCCCGUGGACGAGUCGUACGGAGCGGAGCUGGACGCUGGUGUGGUCGGCGAUGGAAGCCCACCGAUCAGCUACAGCAAGUGUACGAUGUAUGCCGUUAACUUCACCGAGGUGCUCGCCAACAACAUACGCAAAGCGGAUCCGUCCUGGCCGACGCAACCCUGCCGGCACGGCUGGGAGUACAACUUUACGGACGUACCGUAUCAAACCGCUGCAACGGAUUUCGAAUGGGUCUGCGAUCAUGCCUAUCUGCCGACGUUGGCUCAGUCCAUCUUCUUCCUGGGCGCGAUCGUCGGUGGCCUGCUGUUCGGCUGGAUUGCGGAUCGCUACGGGCGCAUUCCCGCCCUGGCCGGGUGCAAUCUCAUCGGCUUUGCGGCCGGUGUCGCUACGGCAUUCGUCGGCAACUUCUGGCAGUUCAGCUUGUGCCGGUUUCUGGUUGGAUUUGCCUUCGACAACUGCUUCACCAUGAUGUACAUUUUAGUUCUGGAAUACGUUGGCCCGAAAUGGCGCACCUUUGUCGCCAACAUGUCGAUCGCACUGUUCUUCACCACAGCUUCCUGCGCACUGCCCUGGAUUGCGUACUAUCUGGCAGACUGGAAAACGUUCGCCAUUGUCACAUCGGCACCGCUUGCUUUGGCCAUCCUUACCCCACUGGUGGUACCGGAAUCGGCAAGAUGGCUCGUUUCGCAGGGUAAGAUUGACAAAGCCAUCGGAAUCCUGAAGAAGUUUGAAACGAUCAACAAGAAGACGAUCGAUGCCAAGGUGUAUCAGGAGUUCAGUGACAGCUGCGUGCGGCUUCAGGAGGAAGAGGCGGCUAACAGCAACUACUCCGUACUGGAUCUGUUCAAGACGCCACGGCUGCGCAACAUCACCAUCCUGCUGAUCGUCAUCUGGAUGGCCAUCUCGCUCGUGUUCGAUGGCCACGUGCGUAACGUCGGCUCGCUCGGACUCGAUCUCUUCUUCACGUUCACGGUCGCUGCCGCCACCGAGCUGCCGGCCGAUACCUUCCUCACUCUGACGCUGGAUCGUUGGGGACGGCGAUGGUUGGCCUGCGGCACGAUGGUCGCCAGCGGGUUGUUCAGUCUGUUCGCCACCAUGGUACCGAUGGGUGCCUACUCAGCAACGUUGGCGAUUUUGGGACGCUUCAGUGUGAACAUUUCGUACAACAUCGGGCUACAGUACGCGGCCGAGCUGCUGCCGACCGUCGUCCGGGCGCAGGGCGUCGCGUUCAUCCACAUCAUGGGCUACGUCGCGAGCAUUGUGGCACCGUUCGUCGUCUAUCUGGCCAACAUCUCGCCCUCCCUGCCGCUGAUAGUGCUGGGCAUUUUGGGUAUCUUCGGGGGACUGCUGUCCCUGCUGCUGCCCGAAACACUUGGACACGACCUGCCGCAAACUCUUGCCGAUGGUGAAGAAUUCGGACGAGGGCAAAAGAUCUGGGACUUCCCCUGUCUCACGAAGAAAGUGGAUGACGACGAUACCUGCGACGAUCUGCCCGUGGAGCGAUUUACCCGUGCCACGUCCAAGACCUCGAUCGGAGCGUCCCUGCGGGCAUCGACCCGUGGUGAGCUGCGUUCGAGCAUGCUCAACCGUUCGAUACGUUCGCGCGUAUCGGUCCGCUCGCUGGCCCAGUGCAAGGAGGAACAGAUUUCGGGCGGCGUGUAGAAACCGCUUCCAAACGGCUACCGUCCUAUCGGUAGCACGGGUUGUGGAAAGUGCACGGAAAAGUGCAUACGCUCCGUUUGUGACGGUUCCGUUCUAAAAUGUGUAGGAUUUUUUUCUGUUUCGGUUUAAUUUGUGUUUUGUUUUAAAAGCGUCAGUGCAUUGUGGUACAAUUCUAGUCAACCGUAUCGGAUGAUUUUCAGAGAGAGGUAACACACACUUGACAUAAUUAAGUUUUACACGCUGGGUCAUCGGUUAGAACGGAGGUGCUGCCCGGUGAAAAAGGCGCACAAACAACACCGCAUGCCGACGCAUACGCGACCAGGAGCGGCAAAGUAGAAAUGCGUGCAACAGUUCCUAAUACCAGGAUAUCGAAAUUUCACGCAAAAGCACAACGCCAUAAGAAAGCAAACGGAGUGGCCAAAAUCGAUGCAUCGAAAAGUAUUAUCCUUCGAAGCUGCAGCUACAGUAGCAGCAUAAUCGAAGAACUAUGUGUUUGUUGAUUUGUGCAGUGCUAAGGAGCGUAUGGUGUAACGCGUCCCUGCAGCAUCUCCAUACGGCGUAAGCGGGGGAGGUAGGAAGCCGUUUCAGUAAACGCAAAAGUAUUACGAGUUCCCCCGCUUUGGUAUAGCGAGUUCGCGAACGCUAUUGUAUUUAACACGCAUAGGAGUACUCACUAUCGCUAGGGAAUUGAAGCUAAUUUAUGAGCCAGAUUUACGUUAGUAUUAAUCCAGGAUAUUAGGGAAGCAUCAGGUAUGGAAAAUGGGUUAGUUGUAAGGCUGUUGGAUCCAACAGCAAACUAAUCCUUGCCGAAUUCGCAAGGACAGUAGACGUAUAGUAAGGCAGUGUAGCUACACAAAAACGCAUGCGAAACAGAUGACUUAGGAUGUAUUAGGGAAGGAAGGAAAAGAGAUUUCAAUUCAGCAAAAGCAAAGACGCUCAGGAAGAAGAGCGCACAGUGUACUAACGAGACACACAGGCAGGCAUAUUGCAACGUUACGAAAAGUUUUAUUUAUUCGCCUAAUCCUUACCAAACAGUCGUAACAGUUCGAAGCGUGUGCAGGACACGUACCGAAAGUGGGACGGCUUUUUAUGUGAUACGGAGGACUUUUGGGAUGAGAGAAGAGAUGGUUGUGACGGUUAAAAUUGUUGUAAUUUAACCAAUGUAAUCUCACCGUAUCAAGAAAAUACAAUUACUCAAGCAAAAAGAA